CACAUGUCUUUGCACAUUGUUUUGCACGGCCACAGUUAGCUUUGAUUGAUUAAAAGCACGGCGUUCAUUAAAAAAAAAAAUCUUGAUCUGUUAAAAUCCCGAAUUAAAGGACCCACAGAAACGUCUUGUAAACGGGUGGAGGCACCUGGAGUAGGGACCUGGUGACAGCUAAUUGGAACCUGAGCUGCAGAUCUGACGUUUUUGGACCGCUAAACCGCCGCUGGAGAAACCAUGGACCCCACGCUGGAUUACAACAUACUGAGAGAUGAUCUCCUAAACCUUCACAUGGUCUGAUAAUUAAAAGUAUUAGAAUGCACUUGACUGUCAUUCUGCCAUGAAAUUGAUAUCCCUGGCCGUUCGCAGGCCGGGCAUUGUGUGGGUUAGUGCCCUGAUGUCCUGCCUGCUGAUCUUAAGGCUGUUGACCCCGAGGAGUUCCCUUCUGCUGACGCUGCUGGACUUCCCUGACCAAUUAAAUGAAGGGAUCUCAGGGGUCAGGAGCACUGGGAUAGAUUUUGAGUCGCUUCUCCGGAUGGACCGGGAUACGUUUCCGUUCUGCAGGAGGGGGCUGGUCGUGAUGAUUUUGGUGACGUCCGCUCCCUGGCACGCAGCGCGCAGGGCUGCGAUUCGGCAAACCUGGGCGAAUAAACAUCCGGACCGCAGUGACCACCCCUGGCAGGUGCUGUUUCUGAUUGGCCAGCGGCAGGAAGAUGGCGUUUCGGAGGACAUCCAGCGAGAGCAGCGAGCGUUCGGGGACGUGCUGGUGGGAAACUACGCCGACAGCUACCGCAACCUGACCCUGAAGGUCAUGCACGGUCUGAGGUGGGCCGCGGAACACUGCCAGCCGCGCUUCGUCCUGAAGACGGACGACGACUGCUUCGUCAACACCGACUACCUGCCCCGCUUCCUGGCGGAGUUUGGCGGCGUGGAGACCGGGCUCUACGCGGGGUCCCUGUUCGCCGCGGGGAAGCGGCAGGUCAUCAGGGACCCGGUCAGCAAGUGGUACGUGUCGCGGGAGGACUUCCGCGAAGACGAGUACCCGCCCUACGCCAGCGGCGUGGGGUACGUCCUCUCGGCGGACGUGGUGCUCCGCAUCCUGAAGGCGGCGGAGACGGUGCCCCCUGUGCCCAUGGAGGACGCGUACGUGGGCAUCCUGGCGAAGGAGGCCGGCGUUCCCGUCAUGUUGAGCGGUCGCUUCACCAAGAACAACGUCAACUGGAGGGUGUGCAACUACAGGUACCUCCUGGUCAUCCAUCACCUGGGUGUCCCCGAGCUGAAGGUAGCUCAGGAAAACAUGAUUAAGGCCAGGACUGCCUGCUCCCGAACAAAGGAAAUCAGGAGCUGGAAAUGAAGCGCGCCUCCCUCGCCAUCGGUUUCACAUGCCCCGGUGCCUGCUGGGGGUCUGCGCCGGGCUCCUCCCUCUCCUGUUUUAGACUCUUAUUUCCCAGGUGCCCGGGCGAAGAAUGGUGAUUACAUAGCUGUUUCUGAGGCUCUGUCGGAACCCCCCCUGGGCUCUCUCUCUCUCUCUCUCUCUCUCUCUCUCUCGGCUCCGAGCACGAGGGAUCUCAGUUCGCUGAGAAACGUCCUAAACUAAUAAGGCCAGAUGUGUGCCUGUGUCAUGUGUGUGUUUUUCCCCUCACCACGGGAUUGGAAACAUGACACGCUGAAUUACUAGGACAAAAUACAGAGAUGCGGGUUUGUUUUUGCCAACUGAUAUUUAAAAAAAAUGUUUUUACA